AUGGUGGUGUAAAAUCCACGGUUUGUUUUUCAUGGGUGCAAAGUAUGUUUAAGUGCAUUAAUCGAACGGCCCAGUGUACGAGACAUCUUCAGUCACAAGGUAUCGGUUUCUGUUUUAACCAAGGUUCUAGGCUGGUGUCAUCCUUGCCACUCAGAAUGACCGACUCGGCUGUGAACAGGGUGGUUAGUAACAUAAUUCGCUCUCCCGAGGACAAGCGGGUUUACAGGGGCUUGGAGUUUAGCAAUGGCCUGAAGGCCAUGCUCAUCAGUGACCCAACAACAGACAAAUCAUCCGCUGCUUUGGAUGUUCACAUAGGUUCAUUAUCGGACCCAGGGAAUAUCUCAGGCCUGGCGCACUUUUGUGAGCAUAUGCUAUUCCUGGGAACAAAGAAGUAUCCCAAGGAGAAUGAGUACAGCCAGUUCCUCAGCGAGCAUGCAGGCAGCUCCAAUGCCUUUACCAGUGGAGAGCAUACCAACUACUACUUUGACGUGUCCCAUGAGCACUUGCAAGGAGCACUAGAUAGGUUUGCUCAGUUCUUCCUGUGCCCACUGUUUGAUGAGAGCUGUAAGGACCGGGAGGUGAAUGCUGUGGACUCAGAGCAUGAGAAGAACCUUAUGAAUGACGCCUGGAGGCUGUUUCAGUUGGAGAAGGCCACUGGCAACCCUGACCACCCCUUCAGUAAAUUUGGAACAGGUAACAAAUUGACUCUUGAGACCAGACCAACCAAAGACGGGAUUGACAUCCGUGAAGAGCUCCUGAAAUUUCACUCUACAUAUUACUCAUCUAACCUCAUGGGACUGUGUGUGUUAGGGCGAGAAUCUUUAGAUGAGUUGACCUCCAUGGUGGUUAAGCUGUUUGGAGAAGUGGAGAACAAGAAUGUGCCUGUCCCAGAAUUCCCCGAGCACCCCUUCCAGGAAGAACACCUCAGACAAUUCUACAAAGUGGUGCCUAUCAAAGACAUCAGGAACCUGUAUGUGACGUUCCCCAUCCCCGACCUGCAGAAGUACUAUAAGUCUAACCCAGGACAUUACCUGGGACAUCUGAUUGGCCAUGAAGGACCUGGAAGUUUGUUGUCUGAGCUAAAAUCUAAAGGCUGGGUGAACACACUUGUUGGAGGACAGAAGGAAGGAGCCAGAGGGUUCAUGUUCUUUAUCAUCAAUGUGGACUUGACCGAGGAGGGCCUCUUGCACGUUGAGGACAUCAUCUUCCACAUGUUCCAGUACAUCCAGAAGCUGCGCACUGAGGGGCCUCAGGAGUGGGUGUUUGAGGAGUGCAAGGAUUUAAACAAAGUGGCCUUCAGGUUCAAGGACAAGGAGCGACCCCGUGGCUACACUUCCAAAGUGGCUGGUUUACUACAUUACUACCCUCUUGAAGAGGUUCUUGCAGCAGAGUACCUUUUGGAGGACUUCAGACCAGAUCUGAUCGAGAUGGUGCUGGAUAAGCUGAGACCAGAACAUGUCAGGGUUGCUGUAGUGUCAAAGUCAUUUGAAGGGCAAACAGACCAGACAGAGGAGUGGUACGGCACCCAGUACAAACAGGAGGCCAUCUCUCAAGAGACCAUCGAGAAAUGGGCAAAUGCAGACCUCAAUGGCAAGUUCAAAUUACCCAUGAAAAAUGAGUUCAUCCCCACCAACUUCGAAAUCUACCCUCUUGAGAAAGACCCUCCCUCAGUCCCUGCUUUAAUCAAGGACACUGCCAUGAGCAAGGUGUGGUUCAAGCAGGAUGACAAGUUCUUCCUGCCCAAGGCAUGCCUGAACUUCGAGUUCUUCAGUCGCUACCUAUACGCAGAUCCCCUGCACUGCAACAUGACCUACUUGUUACUCAGGUUACUGAAGGAUGAUUUAAAAGAGUAUACAUAUGCAGCCCGCCUGGCAGGGCUGGUGUAUGGCGUAGCCUCAGGGAUGAAUGCCAUCCUCCUGUCUGUUAAAGGUUACAAUGACAAACAGCACAUCCUGCUGAAGAAGAUCAUUGAGAAAAUGGCCACCUUCGAGAUAGAUGAGAAGCGCUUUGACAUCAUCAAGGAAGCGUACAUGAGGUCUUUGAAUAACUUCAGAGCCGAGCAGCCGCACCAGCACGCCAUGUACUACCUCCGUCUGCUAAUGACUGAGGUUGCUUGGACCAAAGAUGAGCUCAGAGAGGCUCUGGAUGAUGUAACUCUCCCACGCCUCAAGGCCUUCAUACCUCAGCUAUUGUCACGGUUACAUAUUGAAGCCCUUCUCCAUGGAAACAUCACCAAGGAGUCUGCUCUUGGCAUGAUGCAAAUGGUGGAGGACACGCUCAUUGAGCACGCUCACACGAAGCCCCUCCUGCCGAGCCAGCUGAUUCGCUACAGAGAGGUUCAGGUUCCAGACGGUGGCUGGUAUGUUUACCAGCAGAGGAACGAGGUGCACAACAACUGUGGCAUUGAGAUCUACUACCAGACAGACAUGCAGACCACCCACGACAACAUGCUGCUGGAGCUGUUCUGUCAGAUCAUCUCUGAGCCCUGCUUCAACACACUGAGAACCAAAGAACAGCUGGGCUACAUUGUGUUCAGCGGGCCCCGGCGGGCUAAUGGAGUUCAAGGGCUGCGCUUUAUCAUCCAGUCGGAGAAAGCGCCCCACUACCUGGAGAGCCGCGUGGAGGCUUUCCUCUGCACCAUGGAGAAGUCCGUGGAGGAGAUGAGCGAAGAAGCCUUCCAGAAACACAUCCAGGCCCUGGCCAUCCGCCGCCUGGACAAGCCUAAGAAGCUGUCUGCUGAGUGUGCCAAGUACUGGGGAGAGAUCAUCUCUCAGCAGUAUAAUUUUGACAGAGAUAACAUUGAGGUGGUACAUCUGAAGACUCUGACAAAGGAAAACAUCAUGCAGUUCUACAGAGAACGGCUGACAGUCGACGCCCCGAAGAGACACAAGGUGUCCGUACACGUCCUGUCCAGAGAGAUGGACUCCUGUCCAAUAGUGGGAGACUUCCCCGCUCAGAAUGAUGUCAACCUGGCCCCUGCUCCUUCCCUGCCACAGCCCACGUUGGUCCAGGACAUGACGGAGUUCAAGAGGAGCCUGCCUCUGUUCCCCCUGGUCAAGCCUCACAUCAACUUCAUGGCUGCCAAACUGUGAGCGAGGCCGGCGGCUCGACACGCUGCAGCAGCACGGGAGGGGGGGAAGCACCGGGGAGGGGAGGGCCGCGAGGGACCCCGCUCUGUUUUCCCCCCACCUACACCCCUCCCCUCCUCCCGUCAGGAACACUUUCAUCCGACUGAGCCUGCACGAGCGCGUGUGUGUGUGUAUUUGCGUGCGUGUGUGUGUGUGUGUGUGUGUGUGCGUGCACGUGUGGCAGGCUGGAGCCACUAGAGGAGAUGAUUGGAAACAAAAUGCGUGUUGUUUGAAUCACAACGUUUAGCCGUGGUUGUCAACAUAGAUGCGAUAACGAUAGAGGUCACACCAGACUCACCUCGUGUUCACGUCUCUGAGAGGAGAUGCGACGCUCACACGCAUCACAAUACUGAGUAGGCUGUUGUAGAGGAAAUAGAAGCAACCUUUAAAAAAAAAAAGAAAAAAAAAAAGACAAGGGCCAGAUCCCUUUAAAUGAGUUCAAGUAUCCUGAAGCUUUGCGUUAGGAGGCGUUUUAUUUGAAUUAUUCAGACAUGCUGCUUUCAGAAUGGAUUGCGGGUUUAUUGUGAUGAAGUGGGGAGGGGGCUGUAGAGGUGAGCAACAGUAGCUCCAUGAAGGUCUUGUGUUUUCUAUUUUCUUCGUCGGACUGGUAUGUUUGCUGUGUAACUGUCGGAGGCACCGCGACUCUCCCGAAAAAACGUUAUCACAAAAAAUACGCACUCGGCCAAAUGGAACAUUUUAUUCAGAUUGAUGCAUUUCAGAAGAAUAUCUGCCUUAUAAUUACGGUUUUAAUCCUUUCAGCUUUGGAAUUUUCUUUUUUUUUCCCCCCUUUUGCUCUCAAACUGGUAAAAUGUUGGGACCCUUUGAACAGCUGUUUUAAAUUGCUAAUCACAGAGAACCGUGCCCGUGAAAAUAGUUUUUAUUGCAUUUUGCAGUAGUAUGUGAUUCACACAUCUCAGGGGUUACCUCCAUGCUGUUUUUUUUUUUACAUUCAAUUUUAUCAGUGAAUGAUUAAAAUACAAAACACUUUUAUCUGUCAUCCACGGUAGUGCUUUGUUCACUUCACUAACUUCGUUCUCUCUGGCUUACUUUUUUGUAAAACUCAAAGGAAAUACUGGCUGCAGAGACAAACAGCAUUUUAUUUAUUUAUUUUACUCCCCCCCCCCCCCCAUUCUGUUUUGCUCUGUGGAAACUGUGUCUGCAUGUGAGACGUCCUGCAGCUCGUGCAUCAGUUACUCUGUAACUGGCUGCACUGAAGCUGCUCCUGGUUUGAUCCGGGGACAUAAUCCUGCAGGAUCUGACCCCUCCCCUUCUUUUUAAAUUUUUUUUUUUUUUUUUUUUAAAGUCUUUUUCUCUUACAUGUUGAUGUCUAAAUGGGGGCUAGAGAAAAGCUCCGGUCUGGAUUUCUUUCUGAAUAUAUGCACUUCUCUCUCUCAAAGCAAUAAACGUAACGAUGUGGAGAUGCAGCUCCGGCAGCUGGAUCCACACUGGAUCCCAGGCUCCAGGCCCAAAGGGGCCGUGUCCGUUCUGACUGGCCGGUGGUGUGUUGGAUAGCGAUGUCAGUGAACGAGCAUGACCUGCUCUCAGGUGCUAACCCAGAUUUACCCCCCCCCCCCCCCCCCCCCCUCAUCAUACCUGCUCUCAGGUCUACGUCAUCGCUCACGCUCACCCCAUGCUGCACAGAUACGAAGAGUGAUUUCAGGUUAGAAAGGUGUAGGAGGAGGGGAGGGGUGGCUGUACCUGUAUGAUUGUGCUGUAUCCAAAGCUUCUUCAAUGUUUUCCAGCAUUUUACUCUGUCAAAUCAAAACCCUGUCAGUUUUUUUUUUUUUUUUAAUUUACGAACCACAGCCCCUUCCAUCAUAAACUGCUAGUGUUAAAAGGCUCUAUGCCCGUGUGGUUAAAACCCAAAGACAACCAGCAGCAGCCUUAGGUAGUCCACCACUCCCACAGGCAGUAGCUCGACAGCAUCUGGGGGCAGCGACCAAGCCGCUUUCACGCAGUGUUCAGAAGAAACUAGCAACAUUACAUAUCAGGCUUUGACGGGCCGUGCACUGUUUACCCUGUGAAGUACCCAGUGAUUGGUUUACAUUUAGAAAAUCCCAAGCUUUUUAUUUUAUUUUUCCUUUCUUCGAGUCCUGACUGUCUUUGGCAACCCGGGGCUGUGAGUGGUCGGGUUCAUGGGCCGAUGAUACCAGAGUGCUGACGUUUGGAGGUCUCUCUUUGUCUCCUGUGUGUUUCUAAUGAAUAAACCGUUGAGUGGAAGCAGG